AAUGUCUCUUGUGCUGAAUUUUAAAUACCUGUGGCUAAGGAAGUGCUAGGAACACCUGGAUUCAGAGACCUGGAGGGGCAAUCGUCUUUAUUUCAUUUGUUCAUGAUUGUUUUGCUUCAGCUAUUGGUCUCCCUGUUGCCUUCCAAGAAGAGGCCUCAUCCAAAUAGACUCCAUCUCCUCAGGGACAUUAUAACCAAAAAUAUGCAAUCCACCCAAAGAGGAACACAUUAUGACUGACUGGUCCAAGCAAGAAAAAUCUCGAACAAUGUACACCUCCCACCUCGCUUGUGCUAGUCUUAUCUGACUUCUCUCAGCUCUGCUGUGCAAACGGACUCUAUAUCCUUUUGACUGGAGCCAUGAGCGUGAAGGCCCUUCUGUUGUUUCUCACCGCAUGUGUGGUCAGUGGAGGAUGUCUUCCCAUGGCCGUCUGGCAGUUUGGGGAGAUGAUCAGUUGUGCCCAGCCUGGUGUUAAUCCUCUGGCUUACAACGAAUACGGCUGCUGGUGCGGAUUGGGCGGAUCUGGAACGCCGGUGGAUGACGUGGACCGAUGCUGUGAAGGCCAUGAUAAAUGCUACCAAAACAGCAGAAAGAUUCCUGGAUGUGAGGGUGUUUUUGACCUUCCCUACAUUAUCAUUUAUGGCUUCAGCUGCUCAAACAGACAGGUGUACUGCUCAGCAGCCAACGAUAAGUGUGAGGCUGCGGUCUGCGAGUGCGACCGUGUGGCGGCUCACUGCUUUGCUCGGUACACAUACGACCCUGACAACAAGCACCUGGAUCCUCAGCUCUGUGUCAGCUGAGUCACAGCACACAGAGUACGACAUGCGCAGCACAGCCGACCUCCAAAUCUGAUGCGUUUCUGGUUAGUGAACGUAAAAUAAAAGAUGUUUGAUCUGCUCA